GAAUGUCUAGUGCUGAGUCUUGGUAAAUUGCUGGAAGUUCCCACUAUAAGAAGCAUCCUAAUAACUGCUGUGUAUAUUUUCUUGCAGUGUUAUCAGAAACUCCACCCAGCUUCACCAUUACCGUGACGUCGGAGGCUGAAGAAAAUGAUGAAACUGUGCAGACUACUCUGAAGUUUACAUACAGUGAAAAAUACCCUGAUGAAGCUCCCCUUUAUGAAAUAUUCUCCCAGGAAAAUCUAGAAGAUAAUGAUAUCUCUGACAUUUUAAAAUUACUGGCAUUGCAGGCUGAGGAGAAUCUUGGCAUGGUAAUGAUCUUCACUCUUGUGACAGCCGUUCAGGAAAAGUUAAAUGAGAUAGUCGAUCAGAUAAAAACCAGAAGAGAGGAAGAAAAGAAACAGAAAGAAAAGGAAGCAGAAGAAGCAGAGAAGAAACUGUUCCAUGGCACUCCUGUUACGAUUGAGAAUUUCUUGAGUUGGAAGGCCAAGUUUGAUGCAGAGCUCCUGGAAAUUAAAAAGAAACGGAUGAAAGAAGAAGAACAAGCUGGGAAAAAUAAACUCAGCGGAAAGCAGUUAUUUGAAACAGAUCAUAAUCUUGACACAUCUGAUAUCCAGUUCCUGGAGGAUGCUGGGAACAACGUGGAGGUGGAUGAGUCCUUGUUCCAGGAAAUGGAUGAUUUGGAGCUGGAGGAUGGCGAGGAUGAUCCUGACUAUAAUCCUGUUGCCGCAGAGAGUGACUCAGACUGACAGACUGUCCCUGACUCCAGAGAGGCGUGACUGCCACAGCAUCUGUGGCUAUGCUGAGAGGGUUUGGAUCUUCCUUUCUUUUUUUUCUAAGAAAAAACAUAUUUUUUCAGGAGAAUAUUCUUCUGAUAGCUUUCAACAUUGAACUUAAUAAACUGCCCAUAAAAUUUCAACCAGAAAA